CUUGUCUUCCAGUAGUUUGUCCUAAACUUUAAAAAAAACGUGUUUACUAACAAACCUCCUGCUAUUUUCAAGUCCUUUUCAAUGGUGAGCAUGAAAUAUACGAAGAUAAUUAUGACCUUUGUGGACUAUAGACAUGGAAUGAAUUGAAGAUGAGUGAGGACGUAUAUGAAGUCCCAGAAAGGACAGAGUACCGCUACCUGGUGCAAGAGGAAGAUGAAGAAGAAGUGCAGUAUGUUCGACACAGACAUUACAUCAGCCCCUUCUUGGUGCUGUCCAGACGUUGCAUUGUCCUCAUCUGCAUCGGUGUGCUCACUCUCCUGGUUCUGGCCACCUACCUGGGCUACCUUGCCCAAACACUCCCACCUGGCCUAGCCCAAGUCACCACUGACUGUGGUGACUACCGAGGAAGACGUAAAAAUGGCGCCUACUCCUUUAAAGGCAUUCCAUAUGCUGCUCCACCAGUUGGUAAUCUGCGCUGGGCACCUCCAGCUGACCCGGUGUGUCCGGAUGGAGUCACUGACGCCAGCCGCUUUCGUAGCAUGUGUACCCAGGUGCGGCCUUUAUCAAGUGAAGGCAAGCUGAUGGGCCAGGAAGACUGCCUCUUCAUCAACGUGUGGACUCCAACGCUGCAGGCCAACUCAAAGCUGCCAGUCAUGGUCUGGAUCCAUGGAGGCUACCUGCACAUGUUAAGUGGUGGAGAACAUGGCUACUCACCGACAGAGAAGCUUGCAGCAGAAACACAGAUGGUGUAUGUCAGCUUUAACUACAGACUCAAUGCAUUUGGCUUCAUGGCACUGGAGAUACUAAGGGAAGGUUCUCUCAAAAACACUUCAGGAAACUAUGGCUUCAUGGACCAAAUUGCUGCAUUAAAGUGGGUCCAAAGAAACAUCCAAGGUUUUGGAGGGGAUCCUGAAAAAGUCACCAUCUUUGGGCAGAGUUCAGGUGGCACGUCUGUAUGGACCCUGAUGAUGUCUGCGCUUGCAAAGGGUCUUUUCCAGGCGGCCGUGGAUAUGAGUGGCUCGUACAUCUACAAUUCAACACUGGAACAGGCUGAGUCUGCCAAUCUGGUCUUCCUGAAGAACACAGGCUGCAAAGACCUCUUGUGCCUUAGACAACUCCCUGUUAAACAGAUACUACAGGCAAUCCCAUGGCAGAAGUACCCUUCUUGGGCUGCUGAUGAUCUGGUGGACCUUCCCACCUUAGGGCACUUCUGUGGCCCUGUUGCAGUGGUGGACGGCUAUGUCCUGCAAGCGUCACCCUUUGAGAUUUGGGAAAAAAAAGGAGCCUAUAAUGAUGUCCCAUUGGUCAUCGGUACAACCGAGCAGGAGGUGGACUUCAGCCCUCAAGCUGAAAACAUCUCCAUGUGGACAUGGGAGGAUUAUAGGUGGUUUGUGACAGAAAAACUGAAGACUUUUAGUGUAAAUCUUCCUAAAGAGGCGUUGGAUCUGUAUCCAUCUUCUUCCCCCUGCCCCACCAAAGACCGCUGUCCAGAGAGAGCAUACACUACAAUGGUUUCUGACUUGAGAAUCACUUGUCCCAAUAAUGAUCUGGCUCAGAGGGCUGCAGUGGCCCUUCAGAGUCCUGUUUAUCGCUAUGUGGUCACACACACACCUUCUGGACCAGUCAAUGCAUCUGCUGGGCUGAUUCCUUUUAAUAGCCGCUUCUCUUUCCACUGCUUGGACAUUGUGGCCUUCUUUGGUGGACUCGACUUCAUUUUGGAGACACCACCAUCUGAUCAGGACAAGCAAUUCCAGGACCUCAUAACAAGACACCUUGUGCACUUCGCCAGAACAGGUAAAAUGGAAGACUCAUGGCCAGAUUAUCCAGCAGCCACAGCACUCUUGUCCAGCAGCCUCGUUGUUGCCAACAACUAUUCGGCUGCUCGUUGUCAGUUAUGGAAGGACAAUGGUCUGUAUAAAUACGCCUGGAUAAACUGAUGACAGCAACCGUCAUCUGACACCUUGUGGCUUUAAAAGGGAAAGGUUUAAAUUUUAACAACCAAUCUUGUUGUUUAAGGGCGUAUUCACAAUCCGUUGAUCGAUUCCCCCUCCCUUGAGGUCCCCUGCUGGCUUUUGUUCAUUGAUCAUUUGUGUUAUAACCCGUUUACUUGUCCCAUUACUUAUAUUCAUUUAUUUUUUUCUGCAGUUUUUCUGACUCGGAAGAUUUUUUACUUAAGUAUUAGGGGUGUCCACUGAGGGUGGCAUAUUGAAAAACUAAAGAAUGCACAGGGCCACUUUACAUGAUUUUUACAUGAAAUAUGCUAAAACCAAUGCAGUGCUCAUCAGUAUAUGCUAAAUGAUUUGAGGAAAAAAAAACAUUAUCUUAGCUUCUGUGUUAUUGGUGACAAAGCAAAUAGAUGUUAUAUCUGAAAUAAUUCCUUAAUAACUAAUUAAUUGGAUUUUUAGAGCAGGUCGUGGUCCAAUAAAAAACUUUGGACACCCCUGUCCAAGAUCAAAGUUACUUGCAUCCUGCCAUGAUGAGCAUGUGUACAGAUGUCCUGUCGAGCCGACACUUGUGGCAAGUUUUUCUCACUCGCCUUUUGUUAAAGUUUUUUUGAAGGGGGUGUGUACAUUUUUUAAUAACGUGCUUGCAAGAUUUGAGUUAGUUAGAGUUCUAAAAAAUAUUACUUAACAUAAUAAUAAUAAUAAUAGUAAACAAAAUUAAUGAGAAACAACAAAUCCAAGGAGGUUCCUUUUGUGACUUGACGUGUAUACCUGUGUUGGAUUGAUUUUAGCAUGUAUAAUAAAUAGAAAUAUGAUUUGUGGCCCCACACUAGAGGUGUCCUGAUCCAAUAUCAGCACAAAAACAACUAUGGGAUUGCAAAUACAUCAAUUAUCAAUUUAAAUACAGCAUAAAUCUAUUCUAGAUUAUUCAUAAAAAAAAUAAGUUAGUAAUUUUUUAUACCUGCCAUUUAAUCUCUGAGUAAUUUCACUUGAUCAAGCCUUUUCUAACAAGCCACACUACAAAAUAUUACAAGUAUAUAAGUAAGCAUUAUUGCUGAUAGCGUAUCAGAUCAGUAGUGGUAUCAGCCAAUAUUCAAUGCGGCAAUAUUAGCAUUGUGUCAGAUGAAAAAGUUGUAUCGAUACACCCCUUCCCCGCAUCAAUUUUUCUGUGUGACCCCAUUGUGUAAAAGACUUGAACCUCCCCGGCUUUAAAGAACACUUGUGAAAGUAAACACAGACACAAUACAUCGGCUUAUGAAAUACUGUACCUGCUGACAUGUAAAACAGUGGAUGAGCUAAAAAUGCUGACACAUGCACUUUACGUUGGAAAAUGGUGAAGUGAAAGCCCUAUUUUUUGUGAACGUUUUAUUUUCACUUGGACAAAUAAAUACUCAUUAUUUUUGGUAGCUAGCAGAAUACUCGUAGCAUUACACUGCAUCGAGUGAAAACCAUAUGAUAAAUGAUGGUUUGUAGCCACUAUUUCAUUUGAUUGGAUCAUGAAGGUGUACUGAGCCACACACAGCUAAGUGUGAAGCUUCUGGGAUGAGAAUCAGCACGUCGAAAUCUAAGGCCAUAGUUUGCAGCUAGAAAAGGGCGGAUUGCACCCUUUGGGUUGGCGGGAGUUCAAGUAUCUCGGGAUCUUGUUGAAUGAGGGAAUGUCGGAGCAGGCGGAUGGACGCAGUGUCUGCAAAAAUGCAGGAACUGUAUCGGUAUUGUUCAACAUUUUGAAGUGUCUUCAACUGUUGAUUCGCUUAUUUCUACUCUGCCUGUGCUCAUGAAACCUCUAAGACACUUUUCACUAACUUUUUACUUUUUUCAUCUAAUCUAAUCUACACUAAGGAAAUAAAUAUUUGAUCUCCUGAUUACCGACAAAGUUUACUCUUACAAAUAUAUGAAUACCACAUCUUUUUUGGGUUAGCUUUAUUGUUCCAAGUAAUGGAUUUAAAAAAAAAAAAAAAGUUUAUUAAUUAAUUUGUAUUGGAUUGCAGUAAAUAAGUAUUUGAUCCCAAUACAAAAAGUAGUUUUUAGUUGGUGUAAAUUAAUUGCUGUCAACGACAGAGAUCCGUCCGACUGUAUUGUAGUUGUAGAAGUGUAUUGUAGUUUUUUUUAUAGAUGCAGUAUUGCUUUGCAGUUUUUUUGUAGUUGAAGUAGUGUAUUGUAGUCUUUAUAAUAGAUGCAGUAGUGGUUUGUAGUUUUUUGUAGUUGUAGUAGUGCAUUGUAGUUUUUUUUUAUAGUUGUAGUGGUGUAUUGUAGUUUUUUUAGAAUUGGUCUGUUCUUUUCUCUCGUCCAUGGUGGUGAAGCGUUUUGAAUGAAGUGUUGCUGUGACAGGUGUAUUUUGUACACACAACGGGUGGAGAUGAGGAGUACUUCCUUAAUUUGUGUGUUUUGUGAACACUCAGUGGGUCUGUGCCUGCUGGUCGGUAGUAAUUUGAUACUUAUUUCCUUAUUUCACUCAAAUGUAAUAUGUAUUUCAAUCAAACACUAAUUAUUUUAUAAACUAUUUUUUUAAUUACCAACCGGCAUGGCUCGUUUGGUAGAGCGGUCGUGCCAGCAACUUGAGAGUUCCAGGUUUAAAUCCUCGCUUCCGCCAUCCUAGUCACUGCUGUUUUGUCCUUGGGCAAGAUACUUUACCUACCUUCUCCCAGUGCCACCCACACUGGUUUCAAUGAAGCGCUAUAUAAAUAUAAUUCACUCUACUUCACUUCACUAAAAUAAAUCUACCAUAAAAAUUAUAUAUCUUUGUAAACUUACAAAAUCAGUAGGGCUGCAAAUACUUUGUUUCCUCACUAUGCUGUAUUAUUUUGUGUAAUUACAAUGAACAUUGAAGUGUUGGGACUAGGAGUGGAAUGAAGCUUGCGUUCCUUUGUAUAAUG